GGGGGGGGGAGUUGAUGCCAGUCUGUCCAAAGGUUGCACUUCCUGGGUGGUUAAUUACCUGUUGACACUCCUGCCGACGCUCAGUGACAUGAGGGAUCGCCUUGCUGUUGGGGACAGUCCUACUCUGUCGUGGCGAGGCGGUUCUCCCACGGAAGGGGAGGAGGCUGGACCAGGAACAAGUGGAGGAGGAGGGGGCUGGAGCUCAGUGUCACGUUGGGGGGGGUUGAGGGAAGGGUGGAAGUGGGGUAUGCGAGAUGGCUACGUAGGCGUAGCCUGGGCUAUGCUCAAGUGCGGCGGUUGUGCCAUGGCCGAGCAGAUGCUGACGGUGGGCAUGAGCAACGCUUUGACUGGUAUAGUCAACAGCAGGGUAAUUGCCGACGGAGGGGAAGGAGGAGGAGCGGCCGCGGGCAAUGGAGGAGGUUCGAGUGCCAGUGCGUCUAUGAUGAUGGGGAUGGAAUUGGACGUACUGGAGCUCUCGCCCAAUGGCGUGCUCUGGCUUCUGGGAGCGCUUCACGAGAUGCUGCCUUACGGAGGGCUCUCGAUGUUGCAUGCCCGCCGAGACGUGUUGAAGGCGAUGGCGGAGCUGCUCGACGCGACCCACUUGAUGCAUGUAAACGCGUGGUGGAGGGAGGUUGAAGGGGAGGGAGUGGACGGGUGCGCAAGUGAUCGAGGUGUGGAAGUGGCUAGGGCCAGCGACAGCAGCGGAGACCCUGUGGGCGGCGCGAAGAGGAGCGGCGCGCAGCCUGGAGCGCGCGGAGUUGUCCUGGAGGUCACCAGGAUGUUCUUGUAUCCGCUCGUUGCUGGCGUUCUCCCCAUGACGUCGGCGGCGCAUGCAGGCGGCGGAGGAGGAGGGCAGCACAGGCGGGAAUGCUCGGCCGGGAGUGGAAACGACUUCGUGAAUGCGAUGGGGACCGUGGCGCCCUCGUCUGCACAGAGAGGGGGCAAGGCCGCCGGCAUCGCGGCGAAUGGAGUCUCGGGCAUGGGCGGAGGCCUUGGAGGGCAGUGCACUCUCACUGUCCAUGAUUACGUGCAUCUGUUGGGCGAAGCUCACGUGAUGGGAUACCUGGUCGGCGCGCUGCGGUUUGUCAAUGGUAAUGAUCUUGUCAUGCCCAUGAGCCUGAUCUCUCGCUUGGUUCUCGCCCAAGCGGGCCAGUCCAGGCAAUACGUGGCGAGGCAAUUCGUCGAGUCAGGCGGACUCGAUCCCGCGUUGAUUGCCCGUCUCGCGAACCCGAUCAAUCCCAGCCAAGUUGCUGUGGACCUGCUGGUCACCAUCUCCCAGCUGGCGCGUAUAUCGAAGGAAUUCUACGAUCCGAUCGGGGCGUCGGAAAUCUACGCGCCUCUGAAACGGUACCUGGUCCAUUCGGAUCCCGGCGUCCGAUCACGGGCGUGCAACCUGGUCGGGAAUAUGUGUCGGCACUCAGCCUACUUCUACGAGCCCUUCAUCCGCCAUGGCAUCUUGCCCCACCUAAUCGACCGAUGUCGGGAUCCCGACAAAGGGACGAGGAAAUUCGCCUGCUUCGCUGUGGGGAAUGCGGGUUUUCACAGCGACACGCUGUACUCGCACCUGAAAGGGGCUGUGCCGCACCUGUCGGAUCUUCUGACGGACCCAGAAGAGAAGACGAGGGCCAACGCGGCAGGAGCGUUGGGGAACUUGGUAAGGAAUUCUGGCGCGCUUUGCCAAGAUCUGGUUGACCACGGAGCCAGACGUGCUGCGGUCGAUGGAAAUCAUCAAGGUGUUGACCAGACUACAGAAAACGGGCGAUCCGACGAUCGUGAAGUACGUAACGAGGAUCGUGUCGAAGUUGCAGGACAGAGCUUCCAGUUGAGGGGAGUUGUCGAUUUGAUAUCAGAGAAUGUGUUGGUCCUGAGAAGAGGAGGUGGAGCAGCAGCAGCAGGAGGAGGAGGAGGAGGAGGAGGAGGAGGAGGAGGAGGAGGAGGAGCAAAAACGGAGUGACGAGAAGACAUUCGGUGUGGUGGAAUCGGUCGACAAGUGGAGCGCCAGGGACGGUUGGGUGGGGAUGGAGAUAAGCAGCAGCAGAUAUGCGGGAACGAGUUGAUGGACAAGAAGCCGGCCGCCGCUACUGUCCGCGUACUUGGUCGACAAUCCAUAGGCGGUUUCUUCUCCCCUGGUUUCGGAGCUGAUCCCUGCACCUUGGCUGCUCUGUCAGGAGAGGAUGGAUGGGCGAUGAAGCAUGAAGUAGCGUGGUGUCUGCAUUCCAACUAG